CGGCCAUGUUACUGAUCGAAAGAAAGUAUUCACAAAGCGUAACAAAUUUCACGGUACGGUUUUGGUUUCCCAUCUGAAAGUAAAGAAUCUCGGUCAGAUUGACGUCAUGGCAGACAGCGUCGACGCGGAGAACGGAGAAGUGACCUUUGACCCCGAGCCAGAGCAGGAGGAUCGUCCAGAGGCAGACGCGUCUGCAGACGACAGUCUCCUGGAGCACGUCGACAAUGGCGACGACGCUCACGGCGGUGGCGACGACGUCGGCGAUAACGACCAGUCCGUCGAUGACCCGGAAUUGGAAGCCAUCAAAGCGCGUGUGCGAGAGAUGGAAGAAGAAGCAGAGAAACUUAAGCAGAUGCAAAAUGAAGUGGAAAAACAGCUGAAUAUGAGCCCACCGAGUGCCCUCGCGAGUCCUGCAGGGCUUUCUCUAGAAGAUAAAAUUGACGCUGACAACCGUUCUAUAUAUGUUGGAAAUGUGGACUACUCUGCCACAGCGGAAGAGUUGGAGGCUCACUUUCACGGGUGCGGUUCUGUCAACCGCGUGACGAUCCUGUGUGACAAGUUCACAGGACAUCCCAAAGGCUUUGCCUACAUAGAGUUUGCCGACAAAGAUUCGGUGACGACGGCGCAGGCACUGGAUGAAUCGCUCUUCAAAGGCCGACAGAUCAAGGUGCUACCAAAGCGGACGAAUCGUCCCGGAGUGAGCUCGACCAAUCGGCCGCCUUUCCGGGGGCGCGGCUCGCGAGGGCGUGGGUGGCGUUACUACGGCAGCGGCGGAUAUUCACGAUCCUCGAGUCGUUCCAGGCCACGGCGAGGAGGGUCCUGGUUUUCUCCAUACUAAACCCGUCAGGCAUGUGAUCGAAUCUUCCUGAGCCGGUGGUAUGUGCUGCUUUCCUAGGCAGAUAUAAUCCCCGGCCCCCUCACUCAGCGGGCAUUUUAGCUAGUGACACGAUUGCCCUCCCUCCUCCUCGCGCUUACACGGUUAGUGUCCGCGGCGAUUGUUACUGUGUCUAUGGUGGUUUUUCUGUAUCUAGCAGGCAGGGGCUUGCAGAGUAGAGGAGCUCCGGAAGCGUAGUUAUCGAACAAACGUAAGCAAGUGCCCCCUAUCCCCUUUCCGAGUGCUCGCGAGGCAGUCGGUAAAGUUGGAAUCGGAUUGCUUGCGACUUGUUAGUAUCAUGACCUAAUCGACAUUCGCGUUGCUUGUUCCGCUGUAAAUGUCUUCGCUAAAUGCCCGCUUUUCCCUUGUCUGCCAUUUACCGAUCUUUUUAAUAGUCAUCCCAGCCUGUCCCGUCCUAUCCCGGCUCCCUUGACCCACUCUUCAGCUAUUCUGCUGUUCGUAAUUAAUCUAUAGUGCAUGGUUAUGGUCAUUUGUGGCGGGAAAUGUUAAGGAUUGCAUCGUGGCAAAACGCGCGUUCGUGCGCACCAUAACUUAGCAUUUAACGAGCUUAACGUAAUUAAUUAACGCAUUUAACGAGUGUAAUUUUAGCUAGCUGUGAGAGUGCUUGUUUUCAGUAAUUGAACGUUGUCACCUCACAUCGACUAAGCAAUUCUAUAUCACCAGCACUGCAUUCACAUUUAUAGGUAUUUGCUAUAUGUUGCUGUCACAAGGCACCGGUGUUAGUUGCCGGUUUGUAUAUAAUUAUUCGUGUUUAUAGUGUGAUGGGGAAAGCGGGUGGGGCGGGGGGGGGGGGGGUACUGAAUUUGUUAAAUGCAAAGUUAUGAAGCACACUAGAGGCAUUUUGCGGUGUGUCAACUAAAUUCCUACGUAGAGCGAGAACGUGGGUAUGUAUACACACAUACACACACGCACGCCCAGCAUCUGCGUUUCUCUGCCUAAUGUUACACUAUUUCGUUGCUUAAUUCCUUCAGACUCAUGUGGGUCUCGGGGUGGGAGAGGGGAGUCCGGCCGCAUGGGGAGGGAUGGCAGACUAGUAUGGACUAGUAUAUACUUACUACAUUUUAUCAUCAAGUGCAGAACCGUUUUACAGUAAUCACGACGAUAGUAGUUGGUGUUUUAGCGACUAUAAUUUUUUUGGAAAAGCAUUGUUGAGUUUUUAUGUGAGAGCAUGCGACCGUAAUCGUAAUCAUUUAGACAAAAUCUGCCCUUUUCCGUGUAAAUUUUGAUGAGAUUUAACUUAAAUUUGAACCUGUCGGGUUGGCCUUUCUCACGAAUUAUGCUAUCUUGCAGUCACUCGCCCCAAGCUGUCAGUGAAGGUGUAAAUGGUGACACCAAGUUUCGUAGCCACAUCGUUAAUUUCUUUAGUUGACUGCAGGUGGCGCCAUUAUAAGGAACCCCGCAUGCAUUUUUAGUUAGCGGCUAUUGGAGGAGUUAACUGGUGUCGGGUACCACGGUGAUGUUCCUCUGCGCGGUGGGUCGUCAUGACGAUGCCUCUCGAUCGUGGGAUGCAUGGCGAUGCGGGGGAAGGAGGGGGGGGGGCACUACAGAGGAAGCCCUAGCAGUUACAUCAGCGUAGGGCAGGGGUUCUUAACCUGUGGUCCAUGGACCCCUUUGGAGUCCGUACAUGGGCUUCGGGGGGGACCGUGAACCAGGCGUGUUCAUGUGCAUUUUUCUGGGGAGGGGUCCGUAGCUUUCGGCACAUUCUCAAAGGGGUCCACGACUCAAAAAGGGUUAAGAAUACGAACCACUGCUGUCUUGGACCAGUAGAGGUGGGGGCACUACAGAGGAAGAGCCUGCAGUCACGCCGGUGUAGAGGAACCUCAUGGGUGGGGGGGGGGUCGCAGCAGCAGGCGAGUGUCAGAGACGACGGAUGAAUGACGCUGUACGUAGGUAGCAGCUGCGUUAGACAGCUGAGGCGACUGACGUCUCGAUUGACGUUGUGCGGCUUUCGCAGAUUUCACACUUUAUCGCAGCUGGAGUGGUGGCUCCCUCUGUAGUGGUGGCACCCUCUGUGGUGGUGGCUCCCUCUGUAGUGAGGCCCUGUGGUGGCUCCCUCUGUAGUGGUGCCUUCUGUAGUGAGGUCCUGUGGUGGCUCCCUCUAUAGUGGUACUCUGUGGUGGCUCCCUCUAUAGUGGUACCCUGUGGUGGCUCCCUCUGUAGUGAGGCCCUGUGGUGGCUCCCUCUGUAGUGAGGCCCUGUGGUGGCUCCCUCUGUAGUGAGGCCCUGUGGUGGCUCCCUCUGUAGUGGUGCUUUCUGUAGUGAGGUCCUGUGGUGGCUCCCUCUAUAGUGGUACCCUGUGGUGGCUCCCCCUGUAGCGAGGCCCUGUGGUGGCUCCCUCUGUAGUGAGGCCCUGUGGUGGCUCCCUCUGUAGUGAGGCCUCGUGGUGGCUCCCUCUGUAGUGAGGCACUGUGUGGUGUCUUGAGCUAGCAGUGGCACUCCCCCACCUUGUUUUUACAAGUUUCCGCUUACAACGUAGGUAUCAUUCUUAGAUUCGCUUGGCCAGUGUGGGGCAGACAGUGGUUCAUAAUGGCUCAGAAUACUUCAUUCCAAUCUUCGCAAACGAGUAUUGGUUCAGAAUAUUGUCAUCAGCCCUUUCUUUGUUGCUGUCGCCCCUCUUUCUUCUGGCUGCUGUAUUCUUUCGUGUUCUUUGCACCUCCGUUAGGUUGAGAACAGUAAAUGUUAACACACACGUAGGACUUGAUUUCAUACUUGGUUUGAAGUUAGGUGGGUGUUAUUCAAAUCUUUCUUUCUAUAUUAACAUUUUGCCCUUGCUUUUUCAGGCUUGAGUAAUUAUGGUGGUGAAAAAAUGGAAAAAAAUGAAAAUA